ACAACCCAGCUGCCAGCAUGGAGCACCCAAAUGAAACAAAGCUUGAGAAAUGGGGACUCACUGAAGACACUAAGGCUUAUGAAACCCUGAGUAGUAAACUGUCCUACCAGCAUCCGUCCAGGACCUCUACGGUAAGGAGAGGCAGCGGAGACCAGACUUCUAAGAUGUUCAUUUGGACCAGUGGCCGGAGUUCCACAUCCUACAGACAUGAUGAGAGAAGCUUGGUGACUCCUGAACGCCCAAGAAAUAUUUACCAAAAAAUCAGGGAUCAUGAUCUACUGGAUAAAAGAAAAACAGUCACCGCUCUCAAAGCUGGAGAAGACCGAGCCAUCCUCCUCGGGCUGACCAUGAUGGUGUGUUCCAUUAUGAUGUACUUCCUCCUGGGAAUCACGCUUCUGAGGUCAUACAUGCAAAGUGUUUGGACAGAAGAGACCCAGUGCACCCUCCUCAACGUCUCCAUCACAGAAACCUUUAACUGCUCAUUCAGCUGCGGUCCCGAGUGCUGGAAAACUUCUCAGUACCCCUGCUUGCAGGUGUACGUCAAUGUAUCUUCUUCAGGGCAAAAGUACUUACUUUACCACACAGAGGAGACCAUUAAAAUUAACCCUGAGUGCUCCUAUAUACCCAAGUGUGGCAGGAACUUUGAAGAGUCUCUGUCUCUCGUCAACGUCGUCAUGGAAAACUUCAAGAAGUAUCAGCAUUUCUCCUGUUUUUACGACCCAGAAGGCGUUCAAAAGAAUGUGCUGCUAACCAAACUCUACAGUUCCAAUGUACUGUUCCACUCACUCUUUUGGCCAACGUGCAUGAUGAUUGGAGGACUCGCCAUUGUUGCCAUGGUCAAGUUGACCCAGUACUUGUCCCUUCUCUGUGAGAGGAUCCAACGGAUCAACAGAUAGAAGCAGCAGUUCGGUUCCAGGAUUGACUUACAGCUAAAAUACUGUUUCUUUUCUUUUUCUUUUUCUUUUUCUUUUUUCAUUCUUCACCAAAGAACCUUAAGUUUGUAACUUCUACGUCUGUUCUAAGUUCACUUAUAUUUUUACGAAGUAGAGCAAUAAUGAAAAAGGCUGUUCUUUAUGCAAACGUGAUGCUAUUAUUAUGCAGAAGAUGAGAGAAGGAAUUGCCGUUUGCUUUGGCCGUCUACAUGCUCUUGAUUUAUGCUGCAACUUAGUUCUUCCUCCUCUUCCUCGCCUUCAUUUUCUAUAACCAAGUUAGGGCUCAGUGUGACCAUUUGCCAAACCUUGUCUAUGAAUGCAUCAACUACUCAGCACAAAUCCAUUCUGGAGGGAUGUAUUUUAUCACCACAUGUUUUUUUUUAAUUGAGCCAUUCAUGUUCCACUUCAGCCUGUGGCUGAAGAAGAAAAACUAGGAACGAACGCAUUUGAUUUAACACAUUGACAUUAAAAUCAUUGCUUUUUUUGGUAAACGGGAGGAAUGCAUGUAAUCCUUUUUUUUCCCCAAAGCAUUUUGAAACUAACAUUGAAA